UAUCAGUAGUAGAAGGAAAGAGUUGUCUUCGUAAACAUCAUGAUGACACUUUUUGAUUGUCAACAAUAAGGGUUAGAAGUGACGUGUGCUGCCCAGUUACAGCGCAUUGAUUUUUUACUGGCGUGCAUGUCCGUCGGGCGGAAGGUUACCAAACCUAUAACAAUCCGCAAAUGGAGUCAACCGAUUCGAAUGCAGGACGGCCUGCAUCGCCUCCGCAAAAGGGUACCGACAACGUGAUUCACAAGUCUAAUGGAAAGGAACAGCAAAUUGGUGUUGCACCUUCUGGUGGUGGCAGUAGUAGUGUUGGCCCCAGCGUAUCGACAGCCACGUCAAUUCAGCAAGGAAGCGAUGCACGAUCCACGUCAGAAACAGCAACAGCGAUUAACAACAAUAGUAAUAGUACCACUACUGCUGCCAGUGGACAGGUCACAUUUACAGCCCCACCAGCAACAACCUCUGAAGCCACUGUGGCCGCCGUUACGGCAGCAGCAGCAGCAGACGAAUCGGCUUUACAAAACCAGAAGCUAGUUGAAGAGUUUCAGUAUUUACUGGAAAAAAGCCAGAGCUUGUUUAGUGGCCUCAGAGAUUUGCCUCCAACCGGUAGUCAUCGACAAUGGAGACCUUAUUUCGAGAAAACUUUUGAAGUGUAUACAAAGCUGUGGAAGUUUCAGCAGACGCAUAGGCCUGUCUUGGAGGAUAAGAACAAUUACGGACUAAAGCGGUGGGAAGUAGGAGAAAUCGCAAGCAAGAUCGGGCAGUUAUAUUAUCAUUAUUAUUUACGAACAAGUGAUACGAGCUAUCUGCAAGAAGCUUUCGUAUUUUACGACGCGAUACAUGAACGUCAAUAUUUUAAAGAUAUCCUUGAAGUGAAAAACCCUGCCCUAAUGAUCAAGAAAAUGCGGUACUAUGCCCGCUUCGUUGUGGUCAGCCUGUUACUGAAUAAGGAUAGCAAUAUUCGCUUGCUCAUCAGCGAGUUGGAGAGCCUGGUAGACGAAUAUACAAAGAGCUUCAAACCUCCAGACGCUAAGGAGUGGCAGAUUGUUCUGGAUGAAAUUAACACGUUUAUGGAAGCCGAGAAAAAACUCGCGCCAGUUAGUGCGGAUCGGACGCCUGUGACGGUAGAGCAUCGGCUAUCAUGGUCGUCAGGAUUGAACCGAGGCGACGGUGUUGGUGCCGCAUCGAACAGCAAGUUGAAACUUCAAGAAGCUAUCUUGGUUGGCAACUGUCAAAAACAGAUCAAAUUUUCAGAGCUUACGCUUGACAUGUAUCGCAUCCUGCAGAGCCUUGAAAUGCAACCUCCUGGCACAACGACGACGAACCAGACAUCAACAACUGCAACAAAGGCAAAUAAGGGAGCAGCUUCUAAACCAGCAACAGCAACAACGCUGACGACUGACCAGGCAUCAGCGCAUCAUGAUGGCAAGGACCCUGUCAUGUCAAAGGACAAGUCAACGACUACACGAAGUAUUGUAGGCGUUCAUGCAGGGACUGCAGGUGAUGAUAGCACUGGUGGUGGAUCGGCAGCCAAUAACACAUCAUCGACUGUUUCGGGUGAUCAGCAGCAAAAGCAAUCGCAGCAAACACCAGAGCAGUCGCAGACAACCCAAGAACAGCAACAAGUGCAACCACAUCAGUCUUCUCAACAGCAGCAGACGCAAAACUCGCAACAGCGAGAUCAACAACAACAACAGCAAGGCAACAACAAUCUAAUUGGUGGAGACAAGGGCACUACUACUAUUAGCAGACGUAUCAAUCCACACAAAUACCUACUUUAUCGGCCAUCUCUUAGCCAACUUUUUGUGUAUAUAUCCACUGCUUUCAAAGAUACUGCCGACAACGGUGCUAUGCUACUCUAUCUGUCCGCAGACGGCUGUGAAUAUCCCGAGGCACAGGAUCCUGGUUACCGAAGUGGUGUAGCUACCAACAACAGAAAAACGCAGCAGCAAAAUGUCAGUGCGGCAUCGGGAAUUACCGCUGAACGAUCCGAUUCCACGCCAGCAGCAGCGGCAGCGGGAGGAGGAUCCACAUCCACUUCUGCCCCUGGAGCUUCCAAUACAGCACCAGGAUCAUCACCAUUCACUGCAGCACAAACGGCAUCACCUCCCAUAGUGCCCUCUGUCUAUUGUCUUCAUCCAGCUGACCUUAUACCCUUCACUCGGAAACCGCUAUUUCUUAUAGUUGACAGCAGCAGCAGCGUCGCCUUUAGCAGCAUACCCAACGUGUUUGAUCAGCCUGUCAUGAGCCUCAUGUCGCCCACAGAAUACCCAUCGUCAGUUCAAGAUAGGAGCGAGAUUGGUAGCUUAUUUACACUUUUCCUUCAUACACCUUUGCUCGGAUUCUGCUCCGUCUCAGAUAUUGGAAAUUUGGAUCAGUCAAAUUGGGACGAGUGCGUUUCGCUAAUAUCGGCUAUGGAACAAAAGAUUGGUGAAACUUUGCUGGCUCAUCCGGAUGUUGAUGCGCAUGUUAAGCGGUUCAUGACGGAUGAGUUUCUAUGGACCUUUGUUGUUCGAUUUACACUUUGUUGUAUUAUUUUACGAUGUCAUUCUUCGUUCAAAGAUGAAAAGACGUUCCCUUCAUGUCAUCCACCGUUACCUGACAAUAUAUACAGCUCGCUUGAUAUCAUUGGCAUGUUACGAAGCCUGACCGAUGUAGCUGACGUAGCUACUUACUUCAACUUUCCAUUCGUCAAUGAAGAGCCAGUAGAGUCAUGAAGUGGUUGAGGAACUCAUAUGCGGAAUAAGAAGAAUAAAUUCAAGAGUGAUUUUAUACUCCGUGUACUUACUACAGUCGAUCCCCUGUAAUUUCAUACCGUUAACUUUCAACCCUCAAUAUCUUCACACAAAACUUGGGGAUUGACGCUAUGGAAAUUACAAAGUUUCACUGUAUGCUUAUAGAUAAUAUAUGGUUUGAUGAGUCUAUUUUAUAAGAAGAAAGAUAAACGAUCUUAGUGGUGUCGAUAUACCAUAGUCAGUGGUCACAUCAGUAAA